UCCGCCUCCUCCGCCACCUCCCCCCGGCCGCCGCCAUGUUGGAUGGUGCGUGUGGGUGUCAAACGCAGCCAGCGGCGGCGGCGGCGGCCGGGAACCGGGACCCCCCCUUCCGCGUGUCCCGCGGGCCCCUCCCCGCUCCUCCCGCACGCAGCGCCAGGUCAUGAUUCUCGUUUUCUCGUGUCAUUCUCUUGAAGAGAGGAAAUGAUUGUAGUGGAACCUGUUACAAAUAAGCCACUGAUCCGGAGCCUUUUCAGUGCAGAAGCUUUGAUACAAGAGCAGAUAUAGCCCUUUCCUUGCUUGUGUUCUGGGAUCUGUCUUCUUAAAAAGGGAAAUAAAGAUGACGACUUCGUCUAUUAGGCGGCAGAUGAAGAACAUCGUGAACAAUUAUUCAGAGGCCGAAAUAAAAGUUAGGGAAGCGACUUCCAAUGACCCGUGGGGUCCUUCCAGUUCGCUCAUGACUGAAAUAGCAGAUCUGACUUACAAUGUGGUGGCCUUUUCUGAGAUUAUGAGCAUGAUCUGGAAACGACUGAAUGACCAUGGCAAGAACUGGCGACACGUGUACAAGGCCCUGACUCUCUUAGAUUACCUGAUCAAAACUGGUUCGGAGCGAGUGGCGCAGCAGUGUAAAGAGAAUAUUUUUGCUAUCCAGACGUUGAAAGAUUUUCAGUAUAUUGAUCGAGAUGGUAAAGACCAGGGCAUCAAUGUGAGGGAGAAAUCCAAGCAGCUGGUCUCUCUUCUGAAGGAUGAUGAGCGACUCAAGACAGAGAGGGCCCAAGCCCUGAAGACCAAAGAACGCAUGGCUCAGGUGGCCACUGGAGUGGGUAGCAAUCAGAUCACCUUUGGCCGUGGCUCCAGUCAGCCAAACCUAUCUACCAGCUACUCAGAGCAAGAGUAUGGAAAGUCUGGAGGAUCCCCAGCGUCUUACCAUGGCUCUACAUCCCCUCGAGUUUCCUCAGAGCUCGAGCAGGCCCGGCCUCAGACAAGUGGAGAAGAGGAGCUCCAACUGCAGCUGGCGCUGGCCAUGAGCCGGGAAGUGGCGGAGCAGGAGGAGCGCCUCAGACGCGGAGAUGAUCUGAGAUUACAGAUGGCUCUGGAGGAGAGUCGCAGAGACACAAUUAAAAUUCCCAAAAAGAAGGAGCAUACCACUUUGUUGGACCUAAUGGAUGCCCUGCCCUCGUCGGCACCGGCCCCACAGAAAACAGAGCCUUGGGGACCUCCUGCUGUUGCAAACCAAACUGAUCCCUGGGGAGGAUCCACAGUUGCAGCUACUGCCUCUGACCCAUGGCAAUCAUUUGGUGCCAAACCAGCUGCUUCUGUUGACCCUUGGGCAGCACCAGCGGCAUCCACAGCUCAGACUCUGUCCAAAAAUGUUGACCCUUGGGCUCCUGCUCAGCCAUCUUCUACUGCAGCAAAAUCUUCAGUGGAUCCUUGGGGACCAGCACCUGCAAACAAACCUCUCUCCACUUCUGGAAGUACAUCUUUUGACCUCUUCAGUAAUUUGAAUGGUACAGUUAAAGAUGAUUUUUCUGAAUUUGACACACUUCGAACUUCCAAAAAGCCAGCUGAAUCAGGUUCCACUUUGCCAUCUCAGCAUAGCGGUACCACAAGUCCUGAUCUCUUUGACUCCCAGCACUCGAACAUGACAUCAGGCAAGCAAAGCGCAGCUCGGAAAACCCCUGAGUCUUUUUUGGGCCCCAAUGCUGCUUUGGUGAACCUGGAUUCACUGGUGUCUAAGCCACCACAACCUGUUACUUCACUGAAUCCAUUCUUGGCACCAGGCGCUGCUACAGCACCAACUCCAAUCAACCCCUUCCAAGUGAAUCAGCCUCAGCCACUUACUCUAAAUCAGAUGAGAGCGAGUCCCGUGAUGGGAACCAGCCCUUCUUUCAGUGCUGUGCCACCGAUGAGCAUGGAACCAAUACCUCUGUCUUCCAUGGCCCCAGUGCCUGUGGGAAUGGCACCGAUACCAGCUAUGGGCACUGUGGCAUCUCUAACGAGGAUGGGCCAGGGUCUUAACGUGAGCAUUGCAGGAUCAAUGACCCAACCUCUUCACAGUACAGGAAUCCCGCCGUCAGCAUCCCAGUCUACAAAUACAACUAACCCUUUUCUCCUAUAAAGACCCAAUUAAAGGAACUUUCUUUUCAUAGUGUUUCCAGGCUGAAGUCUUUACAGCAAAAUGAACGUGGCCUGUGUGGACUGAACGGUGUGUAAGAGACUUGGAAGUAGAUUUGCAGUUUACAGUUAUGAUCUUUGAAGAGUUGUCUCUACUUACCAGUUAAUCUAAAUCUAGUCUUUGCUACAGAUGGUACCUUACUUUGGCUUGUUGAGCAUUAUGUGAAAUGUUCAGACUUUUCACCAAAGUUAGAUUCUGCCCAUUUUGUUACUUUGUUAAUCAUUUCAAUACACUUUCUAGGGAGAACCUGCCAUUUUACAACUCCGUUGGCUAUUUUGUAGAUGUCAGAUGAUGUGCUGGAUCCUGAAAUUACUCUUUACCUGCAUCUGUCACUUCCUAAGCCCAUACGAUAGACCUGAGAUUCAAGAGUGCUAGUGAAUGUUUUGCACAUAACUACACACAGUUCUAGACUGUUGGUUCACCCAUAGUCCUUACUCUUAGAAGAGAACGAUUGCGGAGGGCCCAGGUGGCUGGUUUUUAUGCAUUAAACAUUGCAACGCAAAAAUGGCACUGCUUUCGUUUCAGAGGCUUGCCUGAGAAAGCAAGCUUGUCUCAAAAGGAAAACAAAAAAACCCACAAGGCAAAUCCAGACAGAACCCCCCGAGAACCUUCUCAAGUUGUCGAGUAUAACGUGUGCUGUCGUAUGCAGUGUUGAAUUUGUACACUACUCUCUAAGGACUCGUGAGGAACUCUCUGUGAGUGGCAUGCUGCACUCGUGCUGAGUGAGUGUCCUGCUCUGUGCUUGUCCAGUACCAGCUUCGUUUGGAAGUUUAUCAUGUGUAUUUUGUUCUUUAUUUGACUUACAAUGUGAGUUGAAAGAGGUAAAAAACCCAACCCAACCUAAAAGAAAUACAGUGGGACAACUUGGAAUCCAAUUUCACCGGGGCAAGCUUUAAAACUAAUUCAGGCUUAACCUUGCUAUAUGCAGUUACUCUUGUAUACUUUUGCACAUAUUUUGUUUAGUACAGUUUCAUAUUUUGAGUUUGCAGAGUUACCUAAUAGUCCUUUUUUUGCUAAUUUUUAUAAUGUGGUUCUUAUUUAACUGUCUGGUUUUGAUAGAUUUAUCAAGUCUGGCGGAAAAAUUAAGAUAUUGGCAAAUGUCAUUUUUAUGGUUAAUGCCCUCUUAUUUAUGGUUUUAGCUCUUUGUUUCUGUAAAGAGAGUUUAAAAGGGAAGAUUAACACUAAACUAUUUACUUUAAAUGAAGUAUUCAUAAUGCAAAUCGAAGCAAAUUCUCGUGACUAAUUAUUUUUAGAUGAAUUGAAUUUGAGCGUAACAUGAUUUCCGACUACAUUAAAAAGGAAAAAACACUAAAGUCGCCUUUUCCCCUUGAUUUGUUCCCGGUUUCCCAUCUCCAAACCGGACAUGGGGCCUUUAUGAAGAUCACAAGAGAGAGGCUCUUUUUCUUCUUGUAAGAACUUCUUGAGAAGUUCUUGAAGAACUCCUAAUGUACAAACACGGCUCCUUAAGUUUAUUGACUAAUAUUUCCUUACGGAAGGUGCGCUCCGUAUUAAUAACCGGUUCCAUUGACAGCUGUUAAUUGUAAAGGCUGAACUGUACCUUUUAACUUGCAUGUCUGGACUCCUCGGCACUAAACUGCACUCAGGUUUCAGCCAGCGUUCCUGGUGGAAACCUGGUGUUCCCAGAGAUGGCAACGCUUGAGCUCUGCUGUCAGAGCAACACCUAUAUCCGCAGAGCGAGCAGAAAGAGAUGUCCUGGUGCUUGCUGCUGCAGUGAGGGCAUCUUUGUGAAUGAACUGAUGCAUCUUGGUGGCCUUUCCCUAACUAGAAGGAGGGGAACAAGCAAAAAAAAAAACCCUAAACCAAACAAGCUGAAAGAAAUUGCCAGGGUUGUGUGUUGUGGUGUAAUGAUGCUGUGUGGGGCUGUGCGUGUCCAGCGCAGGGAAGAGGCACUGGGUGAUGUGGAAGGGACCCAGUCAAACCUUUUGGUGGGUAGGGGAGGCUGAAAGACUAUCAAAUCUAGGGUACAAUCACAGAUUUUAGCUGUGUAGGUCAGUGUAGCUCUGUUAGUGUACGGAAUGCUAAGUGUGUGGAUGCAGAUUGUUCUAUCCUCUUGAGUACUAUGGAAUUUGCAAGGAUUCAGAGUAUUCAUCUGCGCUUGGUUUUUAUAUAGGAGGAAAGAGAAUUGCUGUCCACACCCAGUAUGUCUUUAAAACAAAAACCCAUUCAUGUUGCCUUUCAGAAUAAGGAAAAAUACUUUACUUUUUUUGUGGUGGUGAAGUUAUUGAGAAGUGUAGACCAGGAAGGGUGUGAUUCUGGUGGAUGGGAAGGAAAAGCAUUUUCCAGUUGAUCUGUGGCAAGAUUUCUCCAUCAUCAUUUUCCCAACUUAAUUUCAUCCACAGUGGAAUUGAGGUCACUUGGUGUCACUUAGUCUGUCACCUGAAUGCGUUUAGAUGGGGCUUUGUCUCUUCAGCCCUAAAGUUGUAACCCCAUCCUCUUGUUGAACACUGGUUUUGGAGGCAGGAUGGGGUUGGUAGGAAGCAUUUAUAGGGAUGAAGUCAUCUGCAGUUCAGAGUUGUGCUCUAAUAUCAGGAAUGGAUGAAAACAUGUUGUUUGUCUGAUAGAGCCCUAGCUUAAGGAAACUGGGGAAUGGCAAAGGGUUGAGUUACAGUAAGAGCUGGAUUAGUUUUACAUCACAUAUAUAUAUAUAGAUAGACAUAUAUUGCACGAUAAACCAUGAUGGAGUGCUCUGAAGAGUCAUUAGCCUGGCCUGUGGUGCUGUAGAGCUUGAGGUGAAGGCUUGACCAUGCCAAGACACCCAGCCUGGUGUGAGGGUUGAGACGGGAGCUGAGUCGCAGAGGUUUGGUAGAUCUGCAGCUGCUUUGGUUCCUGGGCUGGAGCUGUGCCCAUGGGCAGCAGUGGGGAUGCUGCAGGGGAUGUCCUGGCCUGGUGAUGCUUCAGUUGUGUGCAGAACGGUAAAUCUUAACUGCUCUCCGGAGGAAUUCUUCUUCCCUCCUCACCCUCCCACUUCUUCUUGCAUGGAGGACGUGUGCGUAUCCCAUUCCCAUCUGCUCUGGUGUAUUGCUCCAAACGCGUUUCCCUUUUUCCCCCCUUCUUUUUCUCACUUGCAAAAUAUACUAAAAGUGCUUUGGAUUUAUCAAAUGUUAGUAGCCCAAAAUAGCCUUACUGGUCAAAUUGACCAAAGAGAAAAGUGUGAAAUAUUUUAUGAAAAAAAGGAAAGAAAUGGAAAAAAAACCCCCAACCCUUGGCAUAACUUUAACACCACCCCCCCAAUAAGCUCAGUUAUUUAUUUAGUUUUAUACCCUAGAGAAACUAAACUCCAUGGAGGGGACAGGGAAGGAAAACCGUGGUGGUGGGUUGUGGUGUUUACGGUCUUUCUGAAGCCCCGUAGCUACGACAGCUCUUGUUCUCCAUCUUCCCUUUUGCUGUUACAGAUUCUAACAUGUACUGUAUGUAUUAAUAUUGCACAGACUCGCGGAGAAAGAGAUGGGUUUAUUUUUCACAGCAGAAUCUCACAAGACUUCGCUUCCUUUCCCUGUUACAACUGAAACCAUCACCAAAACUGGUUUCAUAAGCCCGGGAGCCGGCUGCUUUCUAUGAAUUUGUGCUGACUAUUGACAUUAUUUACUGUAUAAAUAAUUUAUCAUUUGUACUAUUGUAUCAUAAUGUCUGUAUCUCUGUGUCAUGGUUUGUUUUCUUUCUUCCCCCCCCCAUCCCCAUCCCCAAGCAAUGUCACAAAUGUGAUACUUAAUGCCAUCAGAACAGUGGAAAGACGAGGGGUUUGUAGGUGACUGGUCAGAAUUAAAACUGUAUUGCUUAUAUUCCAGGCGUGUUGCUUUUUCCAGGCUCUGCCUAAGUGUUUUAUGAUCCCCUUGGAAAAACUGUCACUGCCAUGCUUGAGUUCUCCAGAAAGCUCAUGGAUUGCUUGAGGUGGUUUAAGGUUUGUGCUGAAAGGCCUGGGGUGCUCGGAGGAACGGAACCGCUGUGGGGAGUGAUGCUUCUUGUACAUUGUCAAUGUGAUUCCUUGGAUGCGUGCAGCGCUUUCCUGGGGCAGGCCUGCUCUUGCUGUGAGAAAAGAGGGUUUCUUAAUAGAUCACUUAAAUCGGAAUCAGUUGAGACCUUACUAACUCAAUAAAAAUGAAGACUUGUUGUGUUGCA